AAUGCAGUGAAUAGAUAAAUCUUUUCGUCACUUAUUUCGCGACAGAGAAAAAGUUUACUGCGCGAUUUAAAUGACAAAAUGCGUUCACAUUUAUACGUAUGUGGCUUUUUGCUUCUUAUUUAUGCUGUAUCGAACGUGGCUUCUUUAACAAACGCUGAAUUUUAUGACCUUGUCAAAGAUUAUAUAACAGAAACGGUCCAGGAAUCAAAUGAGGAAUCUGUGUCAAAUGAUGACAUCAACGAUGACGUCAUAUAUUUACCUGGUGGACCAGACGACCAGGUUGACAUUGAGGGCCUCAUGAGACAAAUUGGAGAUUCGUAUAUUGAUAGAGAUGACGAAACAUCUAUUAUAGAGUACGGCAAACAUAGGUCUGUGUCCCGGGGAGGCUGCGGGUGUGGUCGGCGCUACUGCCAAUGCUGUGCUUCAAAGAGGUUCUGUGUUCGAGCCUGGAGACGCAGAUAUUCGUUCACAUUGCGAGCAUGUGUAAAGGUCCAAUUGGUACGACGAGGAUUUGAAGUUUCCUUUACUCUCAACGGACGCCGUGUUCUUCACAGGAGAUAUACUCUACGAACAGGCAUAUCUUUGUGUUACCGGGUGCCCCAGUUUCCGGCGGCAAAAGUGUGUUUGAAUUUGUACAACAUAAAUUUAAGGAGGCGGAGCAUGUGUGCAAGACUGACAGGCAAAGUUAAUCUUUGGAAGAAGAGGUUUAGAGUACAUCUCAAACUAGGCUGCUUCAGACUAAGGGCUUUCGAGGAGGACAGCAUUGCAAACAUUGACAGGUUUUCCGAGUACUUACAUAUGGUCGCAGAAAAGACACUGGGAACCAACUACUUUCCAAGAAAUCCGGAUCAACCAAACAUUUUCACCGACGCCAUUGAUAACCUAGAUGCUAACGAUGACCUUGACCUUUCAAUCGCUUCUUCAGAUGAUAUAGAUCAGGAAGAUGAUGUGGGUCUUUCAGACGCUUCAACUAAUGAUGUAGAAUCAGAAAAUGAUCCAGCUUUUUCAGACGCUUCAACCAAUGAAGUAAAUUCGAAAGAUGAUCUUCAUCGUUCAGACGUUUCAAAUGAUGGCGUAGUUUUGAAAUAUGAUCAUGAUUCGUUGAACGCUUUUGAGUCAGAGUAAGACAAUGCUAAUGAUUUAUUUUGGAUAGUCCGAUACUGAUGAAAAUUCCAAACUGCUUUAAGGAGCUUUUUUCUCUGACUCUCACAGACGUGUGCAUGAUAUAUAUCAUACAGGUCAAAGAGGUUAGAAAGUUGAGAAUGGCGAAUCUCAACCGUAUUUUUCAUCUAUUUGAUUCGUUUUGUCAAAGCAUGCAACAUCUUAAAUGUAACUAUUUUGACUGAACAAUAAAUCACUAUCACUGUAACAGGUCGUUAUUUUGUUUUCUUUUAGAAUAUCUUAUCAAUAAAAUCACUAUAACAGGU